CUCAACAUGCUACACCAUGCACAACGAGAACCGCAAAGCAGCCAGCACACAAAGUAAAGGCCUACCUUGCUACCCAGCCAUGGAAGUCCUCCCUUGCAUAGCCGCCCUCCUCCUCUCCUGCUCCCUCGCAGUUCAGGCGACAGUGCCCACCGGCACGAUAGAGCGCGUGUCCAAGCAGCAGAUCCUGGCGAGCAUCCCGCCAGGAGGGCACGCCAGCCCGCCGGUGCUAUUCCUGACGUCUCCGUCCGGCAAGUACGCCGCCUACUUCGUACGCACCCACACCGUCCCAGGCGCCGGCGGGCUUGGCGCCGAUUUCUGCUACGUCGAGGUGACGAUGGCCGGUGGCGUCAAAGCCGGCGAGGGCGAAGGCAGCGGCGGGAGCGUGUGGGAGUCGGAGUGCCGGCCGGUGAGCACGGUGAACACGUGCACGCUGCUCUUCUCGUGGCACGGGCUUGAGGUGUUCGACGGGAGCGAUGAGGUAUGGCACGGGGAGACCAACACCGACGGGACCAACUUCCUCCAGACUCUCGAGCUGGUCGACGACGGCGACAUGCGCGUCCGCGACAAGGACGGCGAGCUCGCCUGGCGAGCCAGCGACGAGGGGCGCCACGGGCAGCACUGUGGAGCGCCGGGAUCCCCAGGUCUCAAUGCCGCGCUGCCGCCUUUCGCGGAGCCCAUCGGUGCGCACAGCAGCAACCUCCCCUUCGGUCAGGUGCAGGGCGGCAAUGGCCACGCGGCCGAGCUACCGCAGGCGGCAGAGCUUGGCGAUGGAGUUGCUACAGGGGUCGGAGCAGGUGCCUUGGGCGACGCCUACGGAAUUGCACCGACGCCAGGGAAUGCUGUCGCGGGAGCAGGACCAUUGGGUGACGGGUACGGAAUUCCUCAGACGGCCGGACCGCUGGGAGACGGCUACGGCAUUGCACCGGGUGCUGGUGCAGGAGCCUUUGGUGACGUGGCCGGACAGGGAGAGGCGGUGACGGCGGCGGGGGCUGGGGGAGGUGUGGCGGGAACGACAGGAUUCGGCAGCCAGCCGCUGGUGGAUAACAGCCCCUACGACAGUGCAGCCUGCAAGGACGGCCGUGGGGCCUAUCUUGCAGCCAUUGGAGCUGCGGUAUUUGUUAGUGCAAUGGCCUUAGGUUUCUGAUCAGGGGCACGAAUAAGGUGCUCUGUUUGGUAAUAUGUGUGCGUGUGCGUGUGCGUGUGAGUGUGAGUGUGUGUGGGUGUGUUUUCUCUUUUCCUGUAUCUGUGCAUCAGUUGUUGCUGCUAAGGGGUGACAAAUUUGUAACUGUUUGUCUGUGAUUUAAGUAAAUUUCAAACAAUGAAAAUACUUUUAAUGUGCUCCACAA